UGUUCUUCUUCUUCUCAGUUCUCAUCACGAAAAGUCAGCGUCUCUCUCUCUUCAUCAUCAUCAUCCUUUCUUCUUCUCAAUCUUUUCUCAAGAAAAUCACAAAUUUUCCCAAGAAAACACUCACAAGUUGUAAGAUGCUAGAAACAUAAUAUUUUUUCUUCUUGAUCUCUCUAGCUCUCCCUACCUCGGAUUCGUUAGAUCAUAUACUAUCUUGAUUCUUUCGUAUAGCUGAAUAAAUAUAUACACACCAAGAUAUAGACACUCAUCAUCAUCGUCAUAUAUAGAUUAUGUGCAGCGUCUCUGAGCUUCUUGACAUGGACAGCUUCCAAGGAGACUUAACCGACGUCGUAAGAGGUAUCGGAGGCCACGUGUUGUCCCCGGAAACUCCUCCUCAGAACAUCUGGCCUCUUCCUCUGCCGCAUCCACCACCAUCUCCUUCAGAUCUUCAUGUAAACCCCUUCGGAGAUCCUUUUGUGAGCAUGAACGAUCCUCUCCUCCAAGAACUCAACGCCGUCACAAACUCAAACUAUUUCUCCACCGUAGGAGAUAACAACAACAACAACAGUAAUAAUGGUUUCUUGGUUCCUAAGGUAUUUGAGGAAGAUCAUAUAAAGAGUCAAUGCAGUAUCUUCCCAAGAAUCCGGAUCUCGCAUAGUAAUAACAUCAUCCACGAUUCCUCCCCGUGUAAUUCUCCGGCCAUGUCGGCUCAUGCUGUCGCCGCCGCAGCAGCCGCCUCGCCAAGAGGGAUCAUCAACGUAGACACAAACAGUCCUAGAAACUGUCUAUUGGUCGAUGGUAACACGUUCUCCUCGCAGAUUCAGAUAUCUUCCCCUCGGAAUCUAGGCCUUAAAAGAAGGAAGAGUCAGGCAAAGAAGGUGGUGUGUAUACCAGCGCCGGCUGCCAUGAACAGUCGAUCAAGCGGAGAAGUGGUUCCGUCUGAUCUGUGGGCUUGGCGUAAGUACGGUCAAAAACCCAUCAAAGGCUCUCCUUUUCCAAGGGGUUACUAUAGAUGCAGCAGUUCAAAAGGCUGUUCAGCGAGAAAGCAAGUCGAAAGGAGCCGAACCGAUCCAAACAUGUUGGUGAUUACAUAUACCUCCGAACAUAACCAUCCUUGGCCAAUCCAACGCAACGCUCUCGCCGGCUCCACACGCUCCUCCUCCUCCUCCUCCUCUAACCCUAAUUCAUCCAAAUCCUCAAACACAAACGUAAACGCAACCACCUCAUCCAUUGGCUCCCACAACACAACCUACUUGCCUUCCUCCACCACUCAUCCUCCUCCUGUCUCAGUCUCCUCCGUAAAAGAUGAACGGGGAGAUGAGAUGGAGUUGGAAAACGUAGAAGACGACGAUGAUAAUCAGAUUGCUCCAUAUAGACCAGAGCUUCAUGAUCUUCAGCACCAGCCAGAUGAUUUCUUCGCAGAUCUUGAAGAGCUAGAAGGAGAUUCUCUAAGCAUGUUGCUUUCUCAAGGCUGUGCCGGCGAUGGGAAAGAUAAAAAGAUGGUGUCCGAUGGGAUCAGCGAUUUCUUUUGCUGGUCGGGAGAUAAUAAUAAUAAUAAUUACGACGACCAAGACUCAAGGUCGUUAUAGAUAGUGUUAAAUACAGAUAAAACAAAAUUAUUUUUAAUUAAGUUGAGCUUCUGAAAAUGACGAUCAUAGUGUCUGGUCAGGUGGGCUAAUGAGAUGGUUACUUCACUGACCGUAAACAGUACUUUAUCGUCAUUUGUUAUACAUUUUUUUUUUU